CUCGAGUGAUGCUACCAAACGCCUCUAUAGCCGGAUUUUAAUAGGACCGGCCGUCAACAAACACCCUUCCCUAACCUAGAGGCUGAGAGACUCUUGUCUCUUCUCCUCAGCUCAAAAGUCAUGGGCCAGGAAAAGUCUUCACAGCCAGAGUCGGGCACUCCAUCACAGUUGGCUUCAACCCAGCUUACGACCAAUCAUGCGAUUGAUUGGAACCAGCAUCCCUCCAAUCCAUUCAAUUGGCGGUUGUGGCAAAAAUGGGCAACGAUGGGUAUAGCAUGCUGGGUUACAUUUAUUGUUGGACUUAAUGCCACCUCCAUCACGACCGCUUCGAACACCAUUUCAUCGAAGUUUCAUUUGUCAAGUGGUGGCGCGCUGGAUGUCAGCUUUUUUUCUUCAACAGCAUGGAAUGCCGCAGCGGCAGUAGGCCCUUUGGUCACGUUACCUUUGAUGGACACAUAUGGUGUGAGGGCCGGAUAUGUGACCUACUUCAUUCUCUUUUGCAUCUUCCUCAUACCACAAGCUCUAGCCGAAAACUUUACAACCCUUGUGGUCUGUCGUGUGUUUGCCGGUGUUUUUGGCGGUACACUGCAGAAUGCGGCUGAUGGCAUUGCUGCUAACAUGUUCCCAUUUCACUCCGAGCGCGCGUUGCCCUUGACUGUAUACGUAAUUUCGCUUCUUUUGGGUGUUACAAUGGGUCCUGUAUUGGGCGCUAUUGGGGAGCCGCUGGGAUGGCGCUGGAUCAUCUGGAUUCAACUCAUCAUCUGCGGCGCCUCUACCCCCCUUGUCAUUAUGUUCAUGAGAGAGAAUCGAGGUUCCGUUAUCCGUAGUCGUCUCUAUAAGGCUAGCAUAUUAGCCGAUCAGGAUGAGAUAAAGGAAUCUCCGGCGCGGGUUCUCGCGCAAACAAUUUCCCGCAGUGCAGUACUUCUUACCAUGGAACCGACUAUCAUAUCCAUGACCACCUGGUCUUCAUUCACAUUCGGUCUUAUUUUUAUUUCGACUCAGUCGGUACCACUUGUCUUUACGGACGUUUAUGGCUGGUCCGAGACCAGUGGUGGUAUUGUGCAAGUCAGCAUAGGGGUUGGGCAGCUUUUAGGGUUCGCAGCCUGUUUGGUACAAAACAAGGUCUACACCCGUAGUGCAGCCUCCAACAAGGGGACAGCGGGAGCGCCAUUCCCCGAGUCUAUCUUGUACCUUUCAAUUCCAAGCACGGCUAUUGCUCUAGCCGGUGGGCUUUUCAUGUACGGUUGGGGCAUUUUCCAGUCGGACUGGAUUGUUCCUGCGAUAGGAUUGAGUCUUACUGGGUUUGCAAUUACUGUAGUUGUGCAUGCAGUUACCAUAUACGUUACCGAUGAGUACGCAACUUGUGCCGCGAGCGCCAUCGCAGCCGUGGCAUUUGGGGAGAAUCUCUUUGCGGCAUUUCUACCUCUGGCUGCGAAACCGAUGUAUUUACGUUUAGGUAUUCAGUGGGCAAGCACAUUACUAGCAUCAGUCGCUUUAUUGUUGACAUUGGCGCCUAUUAUACUUGUAUGUAGAAGGCGUGAUAUUCGACACAAACCCACUAUUACUAGGAUGUAGUUUGACAUGCAGCCUAAUCUAUAAUAUAGCAAUUAGC